GAAAUUUAAUUUUUAAACAUACUAAUUUUCUUUUUAUAAUUUCUCCUUAUCCAAAAAAAUUAUAAACCAAAAGAAAAACAAAAAUCAAUUUUCUCUCUCCUACUUCAAUUACACCAUCACCUCAAACCCAAUCCGAUCACCACCCGGCCACUUCAUGGCAUCAUUCUGGCGAGCUGCGACGGCAGCCCUAACCGAAACGAACCAAACUGACUCCAACGAGGUAGAAUUCUGGUCGAACCCAGAGCGCACCGGUUGGUUAACAAAACAAGGAGAGUACAUAAAAACAUGGAGACGCCGAUGGUUUGUUUUGAAACAAGGGAAGCUGUUCUGGUUCAAAGACUCGACAAUUACACGCGCGUCUAAGCCACGAGGAGUCAUACCUGUUGCCACGUGUCUGACGGUGAAAGGAGCGGAGGAUGUGGUCGGUAAACAGUACGCGUUCGAGUUAUCAACGAGGAAUGACACCAUGUAUUUCAUUGCUGAUUCUGAGAAAGAGAAAGAGGAUUGGAUUAAUUCGAUCGGACGGUCUAUAGUUCAGCAUUCUAGAUCUGUUACUGAUUCCGAGAUUGUUGAUUAUGACGACAGUAAGCGAUGAUCAUUAUUAAUCUAUGAUGUUUAUGAUAGUGGUGUCUCCAUUGAGCAUGAAAGACUAUUUCCCAGGAUGGUGAACAAGCAUUUCUGUGUCUUCAUCAGGCUGCAAUUUCAGAUCAAUGAUAUCUAUUAUUUGCUCGGGGAGUACUGUUCUAGUGAACCUGUAAAGGUCAGACCAUCCUGGAACAUAUCAGCAGUUGGCCUCUUUGCUGUAAAUUUUUCCACAUCCCAAAACUUUAGACAUCUCCUUGAACCGAUGUGCCUUUACCGAUACCAUAUUCUUCAUAAGCAUUCAGAAUAAAAUUCUAAGUUGAUUUACAGCUAUAGGGUAUGCUUACUGCUAGAUGAAAAAUUCAAAAGAAUAGGCAAAGUAACUUUUUUUUUGGUUACCUGGAGGAACAUAUCCAAUAGAUCCCUUUAUAAUGGCCGAACUAGAUUGGUCAUCUUACAAAUCAUCAGGGCACUUGGAAAAGAAAAUUAGCAAGCCCACAGAGUGAACUAUUGGUAGUUGGCAAUGACAAUGAAGAUAAGAAGCAAGUGCAGGAGCAACAUCAGUGGCAAUAUUUAGUCUCUGCUCAAGACUAUUCUCAACGUAUGUUCAUGAUCUGCAAAUUCCUGUGGAUGUCACCAACUUCCUAAACUUCCUCUAGACAUGAAUUCAUAAAUGCAGCUUUGAAGUCUUUAUCUAGAAUCAACACUUGAGCAGACAAUAUCUUUAAAAAUUAAAAGAUUUCAGUGACGGAUGUUGAUCAGAGUUCUGCAUUCAGAGAUGAAGCUCUUCAAGGCUUCGUUGUGGUGAAGAUCAAGAAUUUUGACUGCAAUGGAAGUUUGAUUUUGAGGAAAGAAUCCUUUCUACAUAGAACCACAGCUUCCUGAUCCAAGUAAAUUGGCAUUUGAGGAAGCAUCAGUUGCUUAAAGAAGCCCUUAGUAAGAAAUUCUAAUGAACUGAUUGUUAUGCGGAAGAACUACUCCGUUUUGACCUGUUUUUCUCGCUGUGGGGGACAAAGUAACCUGUCUUUUCCCUUUAGCUGCCACAUUUAAACUGAUUAGACUUGAGAGGUUUUAUAUGCUAGAAGGAAAAGUUCCGGUCAAAUUGUUAACUGAAAUUAUUAGACAUUGAAGGCUUGUCGAACACCAAUGUCCUGAGGAAUGCUCCCUUCCAACUAGGCCUCUCGCAAAUAAAGCCAGGUGAGAGAUGAGUUCCCAAGAGAAGUUGGGAUUUCACUUUGAAACUGUUUUUGCCAAGCUUAGAGCAGAAAGAUUUGGCAAAGAACUUAGCUCAACAGGGAUUUCCCUGUGAGAUUGCUGUCAACCAAGUUGAUCUCCUCCGUGUUUAUACAACUGGUAAGAUUUGUUGGAAUUCUUCCAUUGAAAGAAACUGUUGUUUAAGUCCAGCUGGUGUAAAAGAAACAACUUCCCAAUUUAGACGGGAUUGCCUCAUGAAGGCUGUCGUUCUGCAGAAAGAAAAACAAUUCUGAGAAAGCUGAGAUUGCCAAUGUGGGGAGACAGACGACUCACCAAACCCUGCGGUGGUAGGUCUAGACCGGAUAUCCUCUGACGACGCUUAGCAUCUGCAUCUCUUCCCUCUCUUUCAUAGCUGACUUUAUCUUGCCAUAAACCUUCAGUUUUUACAUGUGGAGCCUGCCAUGUAGAAUUUGUAUAUAUUCCUAGUUAAUUAUGUCAAAACCAAGAAGUUGCAGCUGGCCGAUGAUAAAUAGUCAGUCAAGUUGAAUUUUUAUACACCCACAGUAGGCGAAGUUUUAAGCCAUUUAUUCCACUUUACUGACAUUUAAGGUCCGAAUUUAGUUACAAGUGCUGUUGAUUCA